AUGCCGUCGAAUUCACCCCCAGUAGUCGAGGGAGCUUUGCCAUCACGGGCGACGGGAAGGACAGGCGGAACAAGUUCAAUUGCAGACUCGAACAGCCCUCAGCGGCGACGACCCCGCGUGGACUCGGACGUCUCGCGCUCUGGCUCAGUCGCCCCGCACCAGCAGCAGUCGCCGAGCAGACCCAGCCCGAAGCGCUUCAAGUUUGGCACUGAAGACCCUCCCAACCCAAAUAUGUCGACCAAGAUGAAGGGGAAGCUCCCCGAGGUCAUCGACCUUACCCAGUCCAACUCGUAUCGACCAUACACGGGCGCAAAGAAGCUGGUCAUCAAGAAUCUACGGCCGACAGCUAGGAAUGAACAGCUGGAGCAGUAUUACAAGCGGACGGAACAGGAACUCAUUGAUGCCCUGCAAGACAUCUUUAACGGACGUAAACCGCAGUUGCCAUUAGAGAGGCUAUAUCGAGCGGUCGAGGAUAUCUGCAGGCGCGGCAACAACAACGAGUUGCAGCUUUAUGAGAUACUGCGCCGGAAAUGCGAUGAGCACUUGACCAACAAUGUGCUGCGGUCAAUCAAGACGCAUGGCGGAAGCACAAACGUUGAUAUGCUAAGGAGUGUAUUGCAGCAUUGGCGGGUUUGGAACAGUCAAAUUAUGACAAUUAGAUCUACGUUCAGUUACCUCGACCGCACCUUCCUACUCAAGAACAAGAACUACUCUUCUAUCAACGACAUGACCAUCAACCAAUUCAGACGGAUGACGUUCCCUACAAAAGAAGAUGCAGAUAGUUAUUCACCUGGCGGCAGGGCGCUACGCGGAAUAUAUGACUUGAUCUCUUAUGAUCGCACCGGAGACGACCGAUUUGAUGCCGCCUUACUCAAGGACUCCGUCAUGAUGCUACACGUCUUCAAUAUCUACACAAAGCUUUUUGAGCCUCGUCUUAUAGUUAUCUCGGCAGAACAUUUCCAGGAUUUCGCAGAAGAACGAAGCUCAUCAAACCUCAAAGAGUACAUUCUCGCAUGUGAAAGACUUUUAAAGAGAGAAGACUACAGGUGUAACGAGUACAAUUUGGAUUCGACAACAAAGAAACAGUUACUCGAUGCGGCGCAUGGUAUUCUAGUCAAUAACUAUUCUGACAAACUGCUGAACGCCGAGAGUCUCGCGAAGCUUUUGGCCGAAAACGAAGUGGAAUCGAUGAAAGCACUUUACGAUUUGUUACGCCUAUCAGGGAUCCAGAAGAAGCUCAGGGAGCCUUGGAGUGCAUAUAUUCGAAAAACCGGUGCAGCUAUCGUUGCCGACAAGGAGCAAGGCGACGACAUGGUGCGAAGGCUACUCGAGCUUAAGAGGUCAUUAAGUCUCAUCGUUCGGGAUUCCUACGGUGGAGACUCUGACUUUGUGAAUGAGCUCAAGAAUGCCUUUGGCGACUUCAUGAACGAUCGCACCAUUGCGGCCACUUGGAGCUCUGGCACAUCCAAAGUGGGAGAGAUGAUUGCGAAGUACGUUGACAUGCUGCUCCGUGGUGGUCUAAAGGCGCUUCCAAAGGCAUUACUAUCAGACAACAAAGACCGCGCGGAAGCAGAACGGAGCGGUCAGGCCAGCACCGGCGAUGAAGAUGCCGAACUUGAUCGACAAUUAGACCAAGCAUUGGAGCUGUUCCGUUUCAUCGAAGGCAAGGACGCCUUUGAAGCUUUCUACAAGAAAGAUCUGGCCCGUCGUUUACUCAUGGGCAGAAGCGCUAGCCAGGAUGCUGAAAGGAACAUGCUCAGGAAACUGAGAGAAGAGUGUGGUACCAACUUUACACACAACCUGGAACAAAUGUUCAAGGACGUUGAAGUAGCGAAGGAGGAAAUGGAGGCGUAUAAGCAGUGGUCAGAGGGCACUGGCGCUGAUAAGGCACCAGUAGACUUGCAAGUCAUGAUCUUGUCUGCUGCAGCAUGGCCAACAUACCCCGAUGUCAGAGUCAACUUGCCUGACGACGUCGCCAAGCAGAUUGAGCGGUUCGACCAGUACUACAAGAAUAAGCAUACUGGUAGGCUCCUCAAUUGGAAACAUGCACUGGCGCACUGCACAGUCAAGGCCAAAUUUCCCAAGGGUACAAAAGAGCUUCUGGUCAGCGCAUACCAAGCUAUCGUUUUAGUUUUGUUCAACGAUGCUGGGCUUGACGGCUUCCUUUCUUACGAUCAGAUUGCUCGCUCCACGAAUCUCCAAGGAGACGAGCUGUCACGGACACUGCAGUCCCUUGCAUGCGGUCAAGUCCGAGUACUAACAAAGCACCCCAAGGGCAAGGAUAUCAACCAAGGAGACACGUUUACAAUCAACAAGGCGUUUUCGCACGCUAAGAUUAGGAUCAAGAUCAACCAGAUCCAGCUUAAGGAAACCAAGGAAGAAAACAAGGCGACUCAUGAGAGGAUCACCCAGGAUAGAAGAUUUGAGACCCAGGCAGCCAUUGUCAGAAUUAUGAAGAGCCGAAAGGCGAUGAGCCAUGGCGAGUUAGUGGCAGAGGUCAUCAACAUGACCAAGAACCGAGGUGCCGUCGAUGCGGCGCAGAUUAAGAAGGAGAUUGAGAACUUGAUCGAUAAAGACUAUUUGGAGCGCGAGGGCAACACGUAUACUUACCUGGCGUAG